AUGUUAGAAGGUCUGGUAGCAGGGCUGCUGAACCGAUUUCUGGGCAUGUACGUCAAGAAUUUCGACCCGAAACAGUUAAAAUGGGAGGUAUGGAACGGGAAGGUUCGGCUUGACAACCUUGAGCUCCAGCGCGAGGCUCUCGACCAGCUCAAACUGCCCAUCAACGUCAUUAAGGGUCAUCUUGGCCACCUUGUUCUUCACAUCCCAUGGAAGACACUUGCCAGCGAGCAAGUCAAAAUCAAUAUCGAAGAUGUCUUUCUCCUGGCCUCUCCCAAAGAGGAGGCGGAAUAUGACGAGGACGAAGAGGCGCGGAGAAGGCACAGGCUGAAGAUGGAGAAGCUUGACUCGGCUGAACUGCUGAAGGAACGAUCACAGGAAGGCCUGAGCGAAGAAGAGCAGAAGCGAACACAGACUUUUGCGCAAGCUCUCGUUACUAAGAUCGUCGAUAAUUUGCAAAUCACCAUCAGGAAUAUCCAUAUUCGCUACGAGGACGCCAUCUCGGCCCCCGGACACCCUUUUGCUCUGGGCAUCACUUUGGAGGAGUUUAGCGCCGUGAGCACGGAUUCGGACUGGACGCCCGCCUUCAUAACUUCUAUCCAGUCAGCACACAAGCUGGCCACAUUGGAGUCUCUGGCCAUAUACUGGGAUACAGAUGCCAAAUUAAUCGGCCCAGGGCGAGAACCACACGAACAUAGCGACCAGAUACCCCAUGACGAGAUGCUCAAAUUUUUCAGGGAGAUGAUUGCAAAAGGAGAGGCUGACCUCUCUAGCGAGCAUCAGUUCAUUCUGAAACCGGUAUCAGGCCAAGCAAAGAUAGAGAUUGACAAGACAGGGAGUCAUACCGUACCUAGAUACAAGGCAAAUCUGCUGUUCGAUGAGAUCGGCGUGGUGUUGGAUGACCAGCAGUACCGGGAUGCUCUGAUGAUGGUGGACCUCUUCCACUACUUCAUCCGUCACCAGGAAUACAAGAAGUUCCAGCCCAAAGGAGUCACCCCUAAGGAGGAUCCUCGUGCAUGGUUCCGCUUCGCAGGCAAUGCCGUCCUGAGUAAGAUUCAUGAGCGCAACCGUCGGUGGUCAUGGGAUUACUUCCGCGAGCGCAGAGAUGACAGGCGGCGGUACAUUGAGCUGUUCAAAAAAACCAAACAGAACAUACAACUUACGCCCGAAGAAAGAGAGGAUCUCGACAAACUUGAAUGGAAGCUCAGCUACGAAGAUCUAAGGUUCUGGCGUUCGCUUGCCCGUAACCAACUCAAGAAAGAGAAUGCCGAGGCCCUCAAAAACAAGCCACCACCCCAGCCACAACAACAACAGGGCUGGCUGUCUUGGGUCUGGGGUUCCAAACCUGUUCAGCCACAACAAGAAGAACAACAAGGCGACGAGAACACUCGGAUUACGGAAGCACAGCGCAAGGAGCUAUACGAGGUUAUUCAGUGGGAUGAGAAGGCUGCCCUCGCAGCCGAGAUUGAUGUACCACGGGACAGUGUCAGGCUGCUGAUAGAGACAUCCCUGAGCACCGGUAGUUUUACCUUGAGACAGAACCCGCAUGGCGAUGCCCGCGAUCUCAUCAGUCUGCACUUUGACCUUUUCCGAGCCAAAGGCCUUACAAGACCUGAUUCUUUUCUCAUAGACAUCAGCUUGGGCGGCUUUCGAGUCAACGACAACACCACACCCGACAGCCUGUACAAAGAAAUCGUUCGGGUCAAAGAUGCACCCAAUACCGAGGGACAGAAGCGCUAUUCAAUUGCGGAUCUCGAGCUGACUGUUGACGAGGAGGCCUUCUUUGAACUUCAGGUGGAGCAGCAUCCGCUGGAUGGCCAAGGGGACGUUGCCGUGACAAUGAAACUCAAGCCACUGGAAAUCAUCUGGAAUCCCAAUGUCGUCGUCGGCAUUGCCGACUUCUUCCGGCCGCCAGAGCGUCAUAUGGAAUCCAUCAAUGCUCUCCUGGAGACUGCUAACGCCACGGUCGAGGGCCUGCGUGCACAGACUCGAGCCGGUCUGCAGUUCGCGUUAGAGGAGCAUAAGACGGUCAACGCCAAGCUUGACUUGCAAGCUCCCCUCAUCAUUUUACCCGAAAGCAUCACCACCCCGAACUCGACAUGCUUGAUUGUUGAUGCUGGUCACAUCAGCGUCAACAGCGAGUUGGUCGACAAAGAGACCAUGAAGCAGGUCCAGUCAACGCAAGAUAGGCCCUGUACAGAAGAGGAUCUGAGAAGGCUGGAAGAGUUGAUGUAUGAUCGUUUCCUGGUCAAACUUACCUCUACACAGGUCUUAAUUGGUCCAUCAGUCGAGAUCACGAAGCAGCAGCUCGUCCAAAGGGAUGAGAAGCGCCAGCUGCACAUCGUGGAUCAGAUCAAUCUUGACUUUGUGGUGGCGAUGUCCAUCCUGCCAAAGGCUCCGAAUCUGACUAAGCUUAAAAUUUCGGGCCAUCUUCCCGUUCUUCAGGUCAAUGCAUCAGACUCAAAGUAUAAACACUUGAUGCGCAUCAUUGAGGUUGCUAUCCCGAAGCUCUACGACGUCGAGCCCGUGUUAGCCCCUUCAGGCUCACACCCAACAAUACGACCCCGCUUGGCCAGCGAUGCGUCGACGCGAUCGAGGAGAGCAAGCUUCCGCAAAGCCUCAACACAGUUCCUGCAGUUCGUAUCGCAACAGCAGGAGAUUGUGCUCGACGAGUCCGAUAGCGACGAUGAUAGUGAAAAGUUUGAGGAUGCUAAGGAUACGUCUGUCGACGAGCAGUUGAGGAUUCAGCAGCGCAUCUUCGACUUCAAGUUCACUGUUGAUCAGCUCAGGGGCUCCCUCUACCGCAGUGAUCCCGAGGGCAAGCACCCCGAUCAGCUGCUGGUCGAGCUUGUGGCCGAGAACUUCGGUGUUGAGUACCACUUGCGGCCUUAUGACAUGAGCGCCAUGGUAUCACUUGGUUCAGUCACCAUGGAUGACUUCGUUGAGAAUCCGCCGGCUGAGUUCAAGUCGAUCGUCUCAUCUGGUGACAUUGAGGACCGCAAACAGGCUCGUGACCUUGUGAGAGUCAAGUUCGUAAGAGUCAAAAAGGAGUCUCCCGAGUUCAUGAGUGUCUACGACGGCAUCGAGACGAAUGUGGAUGUUGCGAUCUCGACCAUCAACCUGGUCGUUACCCGCAAGACUCUACUGACCCUACUCGACUUUAUCCUGGUGACGUUCAGCAACCCGCAACCUGCAGCUCCUGUAGCUACUCGCAUGGCUGUGACAGACCAAGAGUCCGAGACCAACAUUAUCGUUCAGCCGCCGCCUAUUGAGAGUGGUCCUAUUCGGGUAAAGGUUGAUCUCAAAAGUAUCCGCAUGAUCCUAAACAAUGACGGCAUCCGGCUUGCUACUCUCUCUUUCAACCACGCCGAUGUUGGAGUCUACAUUCUUGGGAGGUACAUGCGCGUAUCAGCCAAGUUGGGUGACCUCAGCCUGGUCGACGAUGUCAAUCUUGGUGUCUCGGAAGACUCCAGCCUGAGACAGCUCGUCACUAUCCAGGGAAACGAGCUGGCAGACUUCCGAUAUGAAUAUUUUGACCCAGACAAGCCGGAAAAGAAUCCCGGAUAUGACUCUUCGAUCUAUCUGCGUGCCGGUUCGGUCAAGGUUAACUUCAUCGAGGAGCCAUUCCGCAAGAUUGUUGACUUCCUCGUCAAGUUCGGCAAGAUGCAGGCCAUCUACAACGCUGCGCGGAUGGCUGCUGCUAACCAGGCUCAGCAACUACAGCAAAGCCAAAGCCGGAUUAAAUUCGAUAUCGUGGUCAAGACCCCCAUCGUCGUCUUCCCUAGAGUCGUCAUGUCUCCGAAGCCGAAACGCGAUGUCAUUACCGCGUACCUCGGCGAGAUCUACGCUCAGAACGCGUUCGUCCCACUGGACGACUCGGAGAAGGCCGACAUGGCGAUGAAGCUUACCACGGGUAUCCGGAAUAUCAGGCUCACGUCGCAUUUCCAUUACAGCGAGGGACGCGAUGAGGUGCUAGAGCUGAUUGACCACGUCGAUCUGGGGUUCACGAUCAUCUAUGCGGAACACAAGGAGGGUAUCAAGAGGCCUGACCUGGAGAUAGAGGGCAGCAUGAGCGACUUUAAUCUUCGGAUUACUCCCUAUCAGCUCAGCGCUCUGCUAGCAAUCUCACAAUCUGUUCCAACUGUGUUUGCGGCCGACGUGGAGCAGCACACGGCUGAUGCAGAGCGUGAUGUCGACGUUGCUACGCUGGAGCGUGCUAGGACCAUGCCCAGCUACAGCGGCGCCAGCGAAGAAAAAGUCAUUGACAUGGCACCAGAGCUUGGUACCCAUGGUGAGGCAUGGACAAAGCUCGAUCUGGUGUUCACUGUCAAUACUAUCGGCCUGGAGUUGAUCAAUGCUGAGGAGGAUUACCCGGUCGGCGAUUUGGAGGCUGCAAGCUUGUCGAGGUUCAGCCUCAAUUCCAGCCGGUUGAAGACCAGAAUGGACUCCAAUGGUAGCCUCGAGGCCGAGUUCGUGAUCCAGGCCUUCACAAUCUACGACACACGCCAUCGCGAGACAAACAAGUUCCGCCGCAUAAUGACGAGCGGGAACUCGAACGUGGAUCAGCUCAUGGCCAGCAUCACCAUGACCGGAGGGAAGGACAGGAAUAUCAUUGCGAUGGUUGCGAUUGACAGCCCGCGGUUUAUCUUUGCCCUCGAUUACCUGUUCGCGAUCCAAAAGUUCAUCACCAUCGGAACUACCCUCCCCGAGGCGCCUAUCCCAGAGAAGAGCCCGAUGGAGACACCAGAGGAGACUAGUGAUGCGGAUAGUGUGCGCGUUGGAAGCUCUGGUCGGCAUUCGGAGAGUAGUGCCGGCUCCGGACAGCAGCUUGUGCCCGUUGGUAGCCAACAGCAGCAGCCCGUGCUGGCCGCCUCAGAGCAAGCCACUACGAGCAUCGCAUUCAGGGUCAACAUUGUCGAUGCUCAAGUUAUCCUGAUCGCCAACCCACUCAGCUCCAGCUCGGAGGCCAUGGUUCUUGGCACGAAGCAAGUCGUUCUGUCGCAGCAGCAUUCUCUUACCUUCCAAAUUUCCGAGUGCGGCAUGUUCUUGUGCAGGAUGGACCGCUUCGACGAUUCAAGGCUGAGGAUCAUUGACGAUUUCUCAGUUAAAGUCGCCGUGGACAUGUCAAAGCCGAAUAUCACACAAGUCCAUGCCGACAUCGAGCCUCUGAUCUUGAGACUCUCGCUCCGUGAUAUCCUCCUUGUCAUGCAGACCAUUGCCAAGGCCUCGGAGCUUUCUGGCGGUACGCCCUCGGAGACUGCCAGUAAAACCGUAGCUGAACGGAAGGCUCAACAGCUUAGGGCUGCCGGCUUGAAACACCGUACCGCGAGCGGCAAGGGCACAUCGACGCUGGCUACCAGGACAAGGCACGCAAGCCAGAGUGCUGCUAGUCAUUCAGGAAAGACGACGACGCUGGUGAUGCAGGAGGUCGCCAAGCAGACCCAGCGCUUCGAGGAGCUUAUUUUGACUGUCGAGGGCACGCGUAUGGUGCUGCUCGGCGACGUCCACGAGCUACCUAUCAUCGACAUGAGCGUCAAGACCUUCACUAUCCACGCCGAAAAUUGGACGUCGAACCUAAAGGCUGAGACAGCAUUUGAUAUGUACAUGAACGUCUACAACUUCGCCAAGUCAGCUUGGGAGCCGCUGAUUGAGCCGUGGCAGGUGGGCUUUGGUAUUACCAGGGAGGCCAAGACGGGCGUGUUGUCUGUGGACGUGACGUCCAAGAAGACGUUCGACGUGACCAUCACGGCCGCGACGAUCGCCCUGCUGUCGCAAUCGUUUGCCUUUUUUUCCAAGGAGCAGGACGUCCUCACCAAGCCAAGAGGUGUUGAGGCGCCAUACAGGAUCAGGAACUACACAGGGUUCGACGUGAUCAUCUCCACGAAACGGCAGAUCCCUGGCGCUAGCCCAACGACUGAGCAGCAGCUACCGACGAUGACGCUCCGGCUCGAGGACGGCCAGGAAGCGCCCUGGAGCUUCGAAGAGUGGGAGAAGAUGCGCGAGAGCUUGAUGACUGAGAGCAGCACGGCCAACAGCAUCUCGGUGCAGCUCGUCGGCAGCGGCUUCCAAGAGGUCAAAAGCAUCCGCUUGACGCGUGAGGGCGAGUUCCUGUUCGGUCUGAAGCCUAAGACGCAGCAGGUUCUGCACAAGCUGUUAGUGGAGAUCAAGCUCGGCAAGGACAACAUCAAGUACGUGACGUUGAGGAGCCCGCUGCUCGUGGAGAACGAUACCGGCAUAGUGGUCGAGCUUGGUGUCUACGACGCCCAUGAAGGCCAUCUGCUGAAGAUCGAACGGAUCAAUCCUGGCGAGAGCAAGCCUGCGCCGGUUGGUGCGGCGUACUUCAAGAGCUUGUUGGUCAGGCCCGAUCCUGGCUUUAAGUAUGGCUGGAGCAGUGAUACCCUGUGGUGGAGAGAUUUACUGAAGCGGCCGACGAAGACGCUCGUGUGCAAGAGUGAGCAGUAUGGAGGAGAAGUUUUUUAUUUCAGGCUACAUGCCAGGUGGGACCAGGCAAAUCCUCUGACAAGAAACUACCCCUACAUGCGCCUGAAGCUUACGGCUCCGCUCACAAUUGAGAACCUGCUGCCGUACGACUUCAAGUACAAGAUUUAUGACAGGGUCAACAAGCAAGAGUGGAAUAACUUCCUUCGCAAAGGCGGUUCGAUCCCCGUCCACAUGGUCGAUCUUUCCCACACGUUCCUGCUCGGCAUCGAGAUGCAGGACACGCCGUUCCAGGCGAGCGAAUUUGUUGUCAUUAACACCGGUAAUGCCGAUGACUUCAAGAAGGACAGCCACCUCGUGGUUAAGGACAAUGCCGGCAUGCCCCUGAAUCUGCGGCUGCACUACUUCCGCAUCCCAGAUGGGGGUGGGUCGUUCAAGGUCACAGUCUACAGCCCCUACGUGAUCCUCAAUAAGACAGGCCUGGAUGUCAGCGUCCGGUCCAAGGGCUUCAUGCAGUCGGCACGCGCUGCCGCUGGGCAGACACUCAUCGACGUAGGUGGAGAUGGCCAGAAGAAGGCCAGACCCCUCAUGUUCUCGUUCCACAACGAUGACCAUCGGAAUCGUGCCUUACUGAAGGCCGGUGACUCGGAAUGGAGCAAACCGCAGAGUUUCGACGCCAUCGGCAGCACAACCGAGGUCGUGCUUCAAACGGCUAACCGUAAUGCCGAGAUUCAUCUUGGUGUUACAGUCGACUCUGGCCAGGGCAAGUACAAGAUGGUCAAGGUCGUCACGCUGGCGCCAAGAUAUGUGAUUCACAACAAACUCGGGGAAGAUAUCAACAUCCGCGAGCCUAGCUCGUCCUUUUGGAUACCACUCAAGCACGGCGCUCACCGUCCGUUGCACUGGUUACAACGCGGUGCUGUGAAGCAACUCUGCUUGUGCUACCCGGGCGUGGACAACCAGUGGACGGCUCCGUUCAACAUCUCGGAUCUGGGAAUCACGCAUCUAAAAAUUGCUCGCGCUGGGCAGCGGCAGCGGCUGAUCCGCGUGGAGAUCCUGAUGGAGGACGCGACCAUCUUCCUUAAUCUUUCUAUGGAACAACGUAACUGGCCCUUCUCAAUGCGCAACGAAAGUGAUACCGAGUUCACUUUCUACCAGGUAAACCCGACAAUCGAGGAAGAUGCGUCCGAGGACCGCUCCGGUUGGCGUCCUGUCCGGUACCGUCUGCCCCCGCGUAGUAUAAUGCCGUAUGCCUGGGACUUCCCGGCUGCGAAGCACAAGGAGAUCUGUAUCUGUGCGUACAACAAGGAGCGGCAUGUUAAGCUGCAGGAGAUUGGCAACCUGAUGCCCAUGAAGCUCGCACUGCCGAACGGCGAGAGCAAGACAAUCGACAUCAACGUGACGGCGGACGGGCCCACGCAGACUCUGAUCCUGUCAAACUACCGACAAUCAAAGAGCCUGUACCGCCAGCGGUCGAACGCCGGGUCAAUCAGCGGUCGCGAGGGAUUCGAGGCGAAGGAAUUCGAUACAGGAACGACAUUCCGGGCCACACUGCGGUUGUCGGGUAUCGGUGUCUCGAUCAUCAACACGCAGCUCAAAGAGCUCGCGUAUAUCACACUACGCGACGUACAGCUGCGGUACAGUGAUUCGGCUCUCUACCAAACGUUCAGCCUGGCAGUCAAAUGGAUUCAGAUUGACAACCAGCUCUACGGCGGCAUCUUCCCCAUGAUCCUGUAUCCCAGCGUGGUUCCAAAACGCGCACAAGAGAUCGACGCGCAUCCGUCUCUGCAUGCCAUGGUGACUCGGGUGAAGGACGAGUCGUAUGGUGUCGAAUACAUAAAGUAUGCCACGGUACUGCUACAGGAGAUGACGGUCGAGCUUGACGAGGACUUCAUCUAUGCGGUGCUGGAGUUCUCCAAGAUCCCCGGCGCGUCAUGGGAGUCCACGCAGGAAGAAGACAGGCUGUGCGAUGACAGCGUGGAUGUUCCACAGCCCAAGCAGCAGCAGGCAGGACGCGACAUUUACUUUGAGGUGCUCAAUAUCCAGCCAAUGCAGCUCGACUUGUCAUUCGUGCGCACAGAGAGGGUUAAUGUCGAGGACAAGACUUCAUCGCGCAACCCGGUCAUGUUCUUCUUCAAUGUCAUGACUAUGGCUAUUGGCAAUAUCAACGAUGCCCCCGUUCGGUUCAACGCCCUCAUGCUAGAGAAUGUCCGCGUAUCCAUUCCUGUACUGAUCCAGAACAUCUCGAACCACUAUUCGCAAGAGGCCCUGUACCAGAUUCACAAGAUCCUGGGCAGCGCCGACUUCUUGGGCAAUCCGGUUGGUCUCUUCAAUAACAUCAGUUCCGGCUUUGCCGACAUCUUCUACGAGCCAUAUCAAGGACUGAUCAUGUCAGAUCGGCCCGAGGACUUCGGCUUGGGCCUGGCCCGCGGUGCGGGAUCCUUCUUUAAGAAAUCUGUUUAUGGUUUCACCGACUCCUUCUCCAAAGUCACGGGCUCCUUCGCCAAGGGCCUUGCUGCUGCCACCAUGGACAAGCAAUUCCAGGACCGCCGGCGUAUCACUCGUGCCCGCAACAGGCCCAAGCACGCACUCUUCGGUGUCACGGCCGGCGCGAACUCGCUCAUCUCGUCUGUUGCCUCCGGCGUAGGCGGCUUGGCACGCAAGCCUCUCGAGGGCGCCGAACAGGAAGGCGCACUCGGUUUCUUCAAAGGCAUUGGUAAAGGUGUUGUCGGGCUCGCAACCAAGCCUGCCAUUGGCGUGCUCGACUUUGCGAGCAACAUCUCCGAGGGUGUGAGGAAUACCACGACAGUAUUCUCCUCGUCAGAGGCAUCCGAGCUGGAUCGCGUGCGCUUGCCAAGACAUAUUGCUGCCGACGGAAUCGUCCGGCCCUACAGCCAGCGCGAAGCCCUUGGCCAAAGCUGGCUCAAACAAGUCGACAAUGGGAAGUACUUCGACGAGGCAUACAUCGGCCACCUGGAGUUGCCGACAGAGGAUAUGGUGGUGAUGGUAACGUAUGCGCGCAUCUUGCUUAUCAGGUCCAGGAGGCUGCAGACGGAGUGGGAUGUCCCGCUCAAGGAUGUGCAGACAAUUGCAAAGGAGAGGACAGGAUUGAGUUUGACGCUCAGGGGAGGGACCAAUGGGCCGUUUAUCCCUGUUGCACAGGAGAGUGGCAGGGCAUUUUUGUAUCGCAUGGUUGCUGUUGCUGUUGAGGAGUUCAAUAGGCGCUUUAGGGGAUUGGAGUAA